UCUGUGUGUUUGAUGACAAACAUUUUGCUAAUUUCAUUAAAUAUAUAUUUACGUUUUUGCUUUUGUUGUGAUUAAAAUAAUGUAUUGACUGUGACCUCAAAUUAAAAAAAAUGAAUCCGUUUCGUGAUAGUUUAGCCAGCAUUCCUGGAGCGUUGACUAAUUUGAUUAGUGAAAGUGCUUCCAGUUUGUUGCAGCAUAGUAGCGCUAGUAAUAGUGCAGCUUUGGCUCCCGAUGACGACGUUAGCUCUACUGCGUCUCAAAGUGACAGAUCGUAUCCUAUACCAGCAUCCUUAGUGAAGGAACAAUGGCGUUUAAUUUUUACUUCUGACGCUAACGUACAAGAUUUGGAAGCAGCGAUUGCACAUUGCCGGGAUUUGGUAAUGGUUACCGAUGAGUGUAGUGAAGAAAGACGUUGGUUGGUUCGCCAUUUAGUUGAUUUGCGUUACUCACUAAAAGAGCUAGAGUCAGCACAGACAGAUCCGUUAGAAGUACCUCCUCAGGUAAAAACAGUUGUGGGCCAUCAUUUUCAUGUGCAACGGAGCGGACACAUUGGUACCCGUCAAUACUGUGAUCAUUGUAGUAGUAUCAUAUGGCGUAUGAUACAAGCAUGUUAUGUGUGCAGCGAUUGCAAUUUUCUAGCCCAUCAAAAAUGUGUUGACAGUGUAGUGCGGAUAUGUGCACAUGUGAUAGCAUCCGAACGCUGUUACCCUAUUAAUGAAAUUUGUCCUGAGAUCGGUUUGGCUGCGCAGCGAUACAAAUGUGUAGAAUGUGGAACUCUACUCAACUUUAAAAACUCUUGGAUCGAACCACGUUUGUGUGACUACAGUGGCCUGUAUUAUUGUCCAAAUUGCCAUUGGAAUGAUAAUAGUAUCAUACCUGCUCGAGUAGUGCACAAUUGGGAUUUCACACAACAUAAAGUAUCACGUGCUGCGCUUCAAGAAAUAUCCCUCUUCUGCGAUAAACCACUAAUUAAGCUAGAGGAGGCGAAUCCAAAGCUGUUUGUAUUCUUGGAGAAAUUGGGUAACAUUAAGAAGGUGCGUCAAAAUUUAUUUUAUAUGAGGAAAUAUUUACUGGAAUGCCGAACAGCAGCCGAGGAAAAAUUUUUAGAUAAGCAAAUAAGUGCCCAACUUACCAACGACAACACUGGCGUGUGUGAUUCACGUUGUCACCUCAUACAAUCCACCGAAUUUUAUUCAAUAAAUGAUUUAGAGCUUAUUGAAAAAAGCAUUUUAAUAGAAUAUUUGCAGAAAUUGUUCAACGCAUUCGACCAGCACAUACGCAAUUGCGAGAUAUGUCGUGCCAAAGCUUACAUAUGCGAGAUUUGCGGCAAUGAUGAAGUGAUAUUCCCCUUCGACGAUGGCUGUAUCAUGUGCGAUAAGUGCAAUUCUAUUUACCAUCGCGUUUGCAUGACGCGAAAGAAUAUGAUUUGUCCGAAAUGUGUGCGAUUGCAAGAACGAAAAAAUCAAUUAGAAAACAAUAAUGGCGAUGACACAAGCGAUGCUGAUGAGAUUUAGUAGUUUAGACCAUGUUAUUCGAUAUUUUUAUAGAUACGAUUAUAUACUUAUGUAGCAUUAAAUCCUAGAAAUUGAAUUAUGUCAAGAAAGUGUAUUAUGUA